AUGCUUGAAACCCGUGUGGCGGCGUUAUGCGUGUUGCUAUGUUGCGUGGUAGGCGCACUGUGUGCGCCGGCGCCGCUGUGUGCGGGCGCGGCGGAGGACGACCCGCGCGCCGCCAGAUUCUGUCAGGCGCUCAACACCUUCCUAGAGCUGUACGCGGAGGCGGCAGGAGAACAAGUGCCUGAAUACCAAGCUCUCGUCCGUGACUACCCUCAACUCCUAGACACAGGCAUGAAGCGGCAAGAUGUCGUGCACUCGUUCCUGCGCUUCGGGCGUCGCCGCUGACCUGAUCACGCGCACACCACAUCGAAACGCGGCAACGUGGCUUGAAUUUACCCCUUACUUUUGAAACAUAAUUUUUCGUCCAAAACAUUAAUGUUUAAAGUUCCUUUAGGCCAAAUUAAUUAAAAAUAAACUUUAAAUGUAAGUUAAAAAAAUAUCCGACACACUGCGAAUGUCAUUUCAUUCUAGGUCCUCUAAAGGAGCGGACGUCUGAACCUCUCUCUCCAAAUUUAAUUGUAUAACAAGUGUAAGGAUUUAGGCUAUAAAAUGUACUUAUUUAAUAUGAAUUAAUAGUUUUAAGGAUGUAAUUAACGAUCUUGUUGUCAACGUUUUUGUGGCAUUUCAUUUGAUAAGCAAAUAAGAAUGUUUUCAAUAAAUAAAGUUCCAUAUUUAUGACAAGCUUUAAUUUUUUAAUUAAUUCUUCUGUUUCCAAGACCCUAUUGUUUUAUAUCGACUGU